AUGCGUACAUGGCCCUGUCAAGUGAUGGAUUCCUUCAGACGCUUCUGGAACAGGAUCUUAGCUGCUACGCUGUCUCGACUCGGCGGUGUCCAAGUCAAGUUCCGGUCGGGACGGGUCUCCUGGCUGGACGGGAACGGCGCAUCGACUGACGGCGGCAGCACUGUGUCGUACAGGAAGCGUGCAGUGAAGUCGAGAACGUUGCCAGUCAAGGUGUUGCGGAAACCUUCUGGCAUGAGACGCGUGACUGCGUGGGUGAUGGUACUGGUGAUCCGGGCGCGAUCACGGCUACGGAGAGCCGCCAAAAUCAGGCAGGCGUCCACCGUCCCAGCCCUCAGCAUUUCGCCCGUGAAGUGGGUCGCGUUGAAGAAUGGGAUCUCGCGCCGACCGCCCUCGUUCCUCAACACGUACACUUGGUGCACUGGAGUAGUGCCUUCAGGGGUUGCCUGUGAGGUCGAUCCGGCAGGAGCUGGGAUGAGCGCCAUCGUGGCGAUCGCCGUCGUGGGCGCAGUCGAAUCAUUGUCCGAAACGCUGGGAGGGCCAGGCAUCGGGAUAUUGAUCAGUUCGGUGCCGGCAGGCGGCGUGUACGCAAUCAGCUGGCGUGCGCUAUAA